GAGCGGGUUGCGGAAACAGAAGAUUUUCUAACGGUCGACGAGAGUUAUCGUGGCAGCAAAACGGAGUACGUACCUGGGAUCAGGUGGCCGGAUCUGAUCGCGCAGGUCUUCAUUCACGCCGGUUGCGUUUACGGAUUCUACCUGAUGUUCGCGGAAGCUAAGCUGUUCACCAGUUUAUGGGCAUUCGUGACUAUAUACACUUCCGCAUUUGGCAUAACCGCCGGAGCUCAUAGGUUAUGGUCCCACAGGUCGUACAAAGCAAAAUGGCCGCUGCGACUGCUUCUGGUCUUCCUGUUCACCAUUAGCGGACAGAGACACGUUUACGCGUGGGCGUUGGAUCACAGAGUGCACCACAAGUACAGCGAGACCGACGCCGAUCCCCAUAACGCGAAAAGGGGUUUCUUUUUCGCCCACGUGGGCUGGCUGUUCACGACGCCGCAUCCCGACGUUGUUUUGAAACGGCAAGCGGUCGACAUGAGCGACCUGGAGGCCGAUCCGAUCGUCAUGUGGCAGAAAAGACUCUAUAUUCCUCUGUUCGCCCUCCUGACCAUCGGACUUCCGGUCUUUGUGCCGUGCUACUUCUGGUCCGAAUCUUUGUGGAUAUCUUUCUGGGUGAAUUUCAACUUCCGGUUCUGCGUGACCCUCAACAUAGCGUUCUUUGUGAAUAGCGUGGCGCACAUGUGGGGCCAAAAACCAUACGACAAAUACAUCUCACCGGUGGAGAACGUGGCGGUCUCGAUCGCGGCUCUUGGCGAGGGCUGGCACAACUACCAUCACGUGUUCCCGUGGGAUUACAAGACAGGGGAGCUAGGGAAUUACACGUACAACGUGACCACAGGUUUCAUCGAUGCUUUCGCGUGUAUAGGAUGGGCGUACGACCGGAAGUACGUGUCCCCGACGAUGGUCCAACGAAGGGCGAACCGAACCGGUGACGGCAGCCAUGUUUGGGGCUACGGCGACACUGACAUACCUACCGAGGAUCUUCAGGAAUUGAAUCAAAUGGAUCAGAAGAACAAGUAAACAUCUCGUUGUUCAACGACGAGGCAUCGAACGUUUUAUUUUUGUUUUUGUUUUGUUUUAACAACGAGACAGAGAUCUAU